GCCCUUUCCUGUAAUGGCGGCGCCCUAGACCGCGCGGCCGAGUCCCUCAGCACCGUCAGUCCCCGCUGUCACCGCCACCGCUGUCACCGCCACUGUCCUCUGUGUCACCGCUGCCACCUCUGUCAUCACCGCCACCAUGCAUUCGGACGAUGUGGUGUGGAGCAUGCUGGGGAACAGGCAGUUCUGCUCCUACAAGAUGACCACCAAGACUCAGAACUUCUGCCGGAACGAGUUCAACCUCACCGGGCUGUGCAACCGCUCCUCCUGCCCGCUGGCCAACAGCCAGUACGCCACGGUCCGCGAGGAGAGAGGUCGCUGCUACCUCUACAUGAAAACCAUCGAGAGGGCGGCGUUCCCGCGGCGCCUCUGGGAGCGGGUGCUGCUGAGCAAGAACUACGAGAAGGCUCUGGAGGAGAUCGACGAGAACCUCAUCUACUGGCCCCGCUUCCUGCGCCACAAGUGCAAGCAGAGGUUCACCAAGAUCACACAGUACCUGAUCCGCAUCCGCAAGCUGACCCUCAAGAGACAGAGGAAGCUGGUCCCGCUGCGCAGGAAGAUCGAGAGGCGCGAGAACAGGCGAGAGGAGAAAGCCCUGAUCGCUGCCCAGCUGGACAACGCCAUCGAGAAGGAGCUGCUGGAGAGGCUGAAGCAGGACACGUAUGGAGACAUUUACAACUUCCCCAUCCACGCCUUUGACAAGGCCCUGCAGCAGCAGGAUGCGGAGAGCGAGAGCGAGUCUGAGGCAGAGGGGGAGGAGGAAGAUGAUGAUGAUGAGGAUAAAAGGGAGUUUGUGGAAGCAGAGGACAGCGAGCUCAGCGACUUCGAGGACAUGGAUAAGUUGGAGACAAGCAGUGAAGAGGAGCAGGAGGAGGAAGUGGAGAAGAAAGCCUCCCACUCCAAAUCCAAAGGGAAAACGCCCCUGAAGGGCCCAGCCAGGAGGAAACGUCCCCACAUUGAGAUAGAGUACGAGGAGGAAACAGAGCCCAGCACCAAGACAAAAGCAGCCUGAGCCCUCCCUGCUCCCGUUCUGUACUGACUGCCAGCACUCAGGUGUCCCCAGGCUCCAGGAUCUGUCCCCACCUGCCACCCCUGCACAGGAGUUUUGCACUGCACAUUUCCUGCAGGAGCAGGGGGGUUCUGCCCGAGCCCAGGCAAUGCAGGGAGUUUGUACAGCGGAAGGAACAUCCCCACCUCCCCUGCAAGCACAAAGAGCUCAGCCCACACCCUGCUCCAGGAGGGGCCUGGGGGCUCUGCUGGAAGGCUGAGAAACCUCACGUGGCCCUGGGGGCCCUUGGACGUGUCUGGGGGGCGUGUAGGGCUCACAGGUGGGACAAGAACGACAGAACUCUUCAAUAAAUACAAGGAUUUUAUUGUACAAAA